GUGUUCUUCAUCCAGCUUCUCCCCAAAAAAGAGAAGAGGAAGUUGUUUCACAAAGCCGCAAAUCUUCCUUUCUGGCCCUUGACGCGACUAUUUUUUAUUCCUUCUACUCCGUCGCUCUGCUCUGUCUUUGCUUCUGUUGGUUCUGUUACAGCUCGGCCAUCGUGGCUCGUUUUUAAUCCUGAAGAAUGACGUUUAAACUGAGAGUUUGGCAUCAACAGCAUCACAGGACUCGCUUGUUUCUGGUUAUCGUGCUCUGAAAACGUUUGGCUCCCAGUUUAAAGUAAAGACGUUUAUGCUAGCAGCUAUUUAAGGCGAAGGUCCCACACCUGUGCUGUGAUGUCAUCAAUACUCUAGGCUUUGUUUUGGGAUUAGACCAGUGGAGGAUGCAUUUAACAUCCCAUUGUUGGAACAUUUAAACCAAAGAACGAAGCCUGGUGUUGUUGGAUUAGGAUUAGCUGUUAGGAAUUCGUCCCUGAUUCUCCAAACUGAGGUGGUGGAUGCUGCCGUCUGCAGCAGGCCAUCACACCAUCUACAUUGGCGUGCGUGUGCCUAAGAGCUCUCGACGUCGGCGGCGUCACCGCCGGAGACCUGGCAGUCACAAGGACAGAAAGGAGAGGCUGAUGGAGAGCGCCUUUGACAAGUCGGACACCGAAAACAACGAUGAGGCCAGCAACAGCAUCCUCAAACCUCUCAUCUCACCAGCAGCCGAGAGGAUCCGCUUCAUCCUGGGAGAGGAAGAUGAAGGUCCGGCGCCGCCGCAGCUCUUCACCGAGCUGGAUGAGCUGCUGUCAGUGGACGGGCAGGAGAUGGAGUGGAAAGAGACGGCCAGGUGGAUAAAGUUUGAGGAAAAGGUGGAAAAAGGAGGCGAGCGUUGGAGUAAACCUCAUGUGGCGACCCUGUCCUUACACAGCCUGUUUGAGCUGCGCACGUGCAUCGAGAAAGGAACCAUCAUGCUCGACAUGGAGGCUUCUACGCUCACGCAGGUCGUCGAGAUGAUCACGGACAACCAGAUUGAGAUCGGCCAGCUGAAAGCGGACCUGAAGGACAAGGUGAUGUACACGUUGCUACGGAAACAUCGCCACCAGACCAAGAAGUCCAACCUGCGCUCACUGGCUGACAUUGGGAAAACGGUCUCCAGUGCAAGUAGGCUGUUUUCCAACCAGGACAACGACAGCCCCACCACCGCUCACCGGAACCUGACCUCCAGCAGCCUGAACGACAUCUCUGACAAACCAGAAAAGGAUCAGCUGAAGAACAAGUUCAUGAAGAAGUUGCCGAGAGACGCGGAGGCCUCCAACGUGCUGGUGGGGGAGGUGGACUUCCUGGACGCCCCGUUUGUGGCGUUUGUUCGUCUGCAGCAGGCCGUGAUGCUCGGAGCGCUGACGGAAGUUCCCGUUCCCACAAGAUUUUUGUUCAUCCUGCUUGGACCCAAAGGCCAAGCCAAGUCCUACCACGAGAUCGGCCGAGCGAUCGCCACGCUGAUGUCAGACGAGAUCUUCCAUGACAUUGCGUACAAGGCGAAGGACAGACAAGACCUGCUGGCCGGCAUCGAUGAGUUCCUGGAUGAGGUCAUCGUUCUUCCCCCUGGGGAGUGGGACCCCACCAUCAGGAUAGAGCCUCCCAAAACCCUCCCUUCCUCCGACAAAAGGAAAAACAUGUAUGCAGCAGGAGACUCUCAGAUGAAUGGAGACACGCCUCAUGAUAAAGGUCACGGAGGAGCAGGGGGAGGAGGAGGAGGUCAUGCAACCGGGGAGGAGCUGGAGAAAACUGGAAGGUUCUGCGGCGGUCUCUUCCUUGACAUCAAGAGGAAGGCACCUUUCUUUCUCAGCGAUUUCACCGAUGGGUUUCAUAUCCAGGCGCUGUCGGCCAUCCUCUUCAUCUAUCUGGGAACCGUGACCAACGCCAUCACCUUCGGCGGUCUGCUGGGUGAUGCCACCGAAAACAUGCAGGGAGUGUUGGAGAGUUUUUUAGGCACCGCCAUCGCGGGUGGAGUGUUCUGUUUGCUGGCCGGUCAGCCUCUCACCAUCCUGAGCAGCACCGGUCCUGUUCUGGUGUUUGAACGUCUGCUUUUUAACUUCAGCAGAGACCAUGAUUUUGACUACAUGGAGUUCCGCCUGUGGAUCGGUUUGUGGUCGGCAUUCUACUGCCUGGUGCUCGUCGCCACUGACGCCAGUUUUCUGGUCAAAUACUUCACCCGCUUCACGGAGGAGGGCUUCUCCUGUCUCAUCAGCUUCAUCUUUAUCUACGAUGCCUUUAAGAAGAUGAUUAAAUUAGCUCACCACUACCCCAUCAACUCCAACUACACCAUGGACUACGUCACGCAGUACGAGUGUUUGUGCAUGGCUCCUCCAAUCCUGGAAAACGAGACUGAGAUCGGCGAUCCUGCUGAGGUUUCGCUGUGGUACUUUAACAACACCGGCCUGCCCCUAAACUCAACCUGGUCGUCGCUCACGAGGUCAGAGUGCAUCCAGUACAGAGGAGAGCUGGUAGGAGACGCCUGCGGCUCCGUCCCAGACAUCACCCUCAUGUCCUUCAUCCUCUUCUUCGGUACCUACACCACCUCCAUGUGUCUUAAGAAGUUUAAAACGAGUCCGUUUUUCCCCACCACAGUGAGGAAACUCAUCAGUGACUUCGCCAUCAUCCUGGCCAUCCUCAUCUUCUGCGGGGUGGACGUGCUCGUGGGAGUCGACACUCCUAAGCUCAUCGUGCCAAAUGAAUUCAAGCCGACGAGCCCCCACCGAGGCUGGUUCGUGCCCCCGUUCGGAGGAAACCCGUGGUGGGUUUACCUGGCCUCAGCCCUGCCUGCUCUUCUCGUCACCAUCCUGGUGUUCAUGGACCAGCAGAUCACCGCGGUGAUCGUCAACAGGAAGGAGCACAAGCUGAAGAAAGGGGCAGGUUACCAUCUGGACCUGUUCUGGGUGGCGGUUCUGCUGGUGGUUUGCUCUUUCAUGGGUCUGCCGUGGUACGUGGCCGCCACCGUCAUCUCCAUCGCUCACAUCGACAGCCUGAAGAUGGAAACCGAAACGUCGGCUCCGGGAGAGCAGCCCAAGUUCCUGGGAGUGAGGGAGCAGAGGGUCACGGGGGUGUGUGUGUUCAUCCUGACGGGACUUUCUGUGUUGAUGUCUCCAAUCUUAAAGUUCAUCCCCAUGCCUGUGCUCUACGGAGUCUUCUUAUACAUGGGAGUGGCGUCUCUUAACGGAGUUCAGUUCAUGGACCGACUGAAGCUGCUCCUGAUGCCGGCGAAGCAUCAGCCCGACCUGAUUUACCUGCGCCACGUUCCCCUCAGGAAGGUCCACCUCUUCACCUUCAUGCAGAUCAUCUGUCUGGCUCUGCUCUGGAUCCUCAAGUCCACCGUGGCUGCCAUCAUAUUCCCCGUCAUGAUCCUGGCUCUGGUUGCUGUGAGGAAAGCGAUGGAUUACAUGUUCUCCCAACACGACCUCAGCUUCCUGGAUGACGUCAUUCCAGAGAAGGACAAGAAGAAGAAGGAGGACGAGAAGAAGAAGAAGAAGAAACGCAGCAGCAUCGACAGCGACGCUGAAGAUUCUGACUAUCCUUACAGUGAGAAUGUUCCCAGCAUUAAGAUUCCCAUGGACAUCAUGGAGCAGCAGCCUUUCUUAGGUGAUAAAUCCUCUGAGCGAGACAAGCCCCAGUCCUACCUUGAUCGCCACACAUCGUGCUGAGAAGCUGCGCUACUAUCAGGACUACCUGGACAGCCCUGAGAUGACUCCUCUGAAGUCUGUGCCUCAGAUCAGGAUCGAUAUGGAUCCAGAAGAUGAAAACACGUUCUACUGGAGGAGCCAAGGAUCAGAAACGUCUCUGUAGAAGAUCCUCAGCAUCCAGGCAACCUGCAGCGUCUUUUACUGACUUUAAAUUGGUUUAAACGUCAUGAUUUCAGACUUUGUUUUGAAUCAGUGGCUGAAAAAGGGAAGAUUUUUUUAAUGAUCAAACACUUUCCAGCAUUUCUGUUUUCAGCUUCGGAGUGAAAUCUCAUCUGUGCAAAUCCGUCCGUGUGUCAGUGAAAGCUGCAGCGCCCUGAUGAAACGCGAGUGCCCGCCACACCCUUUUAUACACAAAUAUAACCUUUUCUUAAGUUUUAUAUCAGCUGAAUUAAUAACGAUUUCCUCUAGCAGGAAGAGGAAGUUUUAUAGCUCUACCUCUUGUUUUAGGUUCUUCUGAUGUGACGAUUCCUGAUGGAGUUUUGAUAUUUUCAGUUUUCUUUCAUAGAGUUUAAUUAACUUAAAAGAUUUGUUGUAUUAUAGUUUGUAAAGAAGAUAGAACUAUACGUAAAUUAACAGAGAAUUAACGGUUUGUGUACAGAUGUGAAUAUUUUUAUCCUCACUUAUUGAUGCACUUCUGAUCAUUUCACCUUCUUUCUAACUUAAAUUUGUUAAAAUUUUAUUACUUUGUUGAAGUCUAAUGUUUCUGUAUUUUUGUUUAGCUUUUUAAAAAAAGAAUAAUGAUCUUGUUUCUUACUUUUCCUGUUCAGCGUAAUCAAAAUAUGUUCUGAGUUUCCUCCUCAGCUCAGAAAACAAAUCAGAGAAGUGACCUAAGUGACUUAAACAGAUUAGGCUUAAGCUGCAUCCACAAAGGUAACACAAGCAGGAUUAAAGCAAGAAUGAAGCUCUGAAGAGGAACCCCCCCACAUCUGUUUUAUGUGAUUUUUUUUGUGUAUGUUUUCAGUUUUACGUUGUGUUUAGACUUUUAUACGACACUGAUGUUUGAGUCUGUGGAGGCGGAAAAACGUCAGCCAGCUUUGUUUGAUGGUCAUCAUGGAAGCAUAAAGUUAUUGAUGGAUCCUUACACCAAACUAAAGCUGCUAAAACACAACAGAAAAUCUAAAUGAAUCAUAUUUAGACUUUUUAACAACUUGAGACUUUUAAAAAUAAAUAAUUAAAACAACAAAUCUGAUUUGUUUCCCAAUAACAGAGAAAUGUUCAGCUGCAGCUUUGAAUCAAGCCAGAUGAAUUCCUGAGUGAAGCUAGAUGAUAAAACCCAGCUCUCUAAUGAGAAAUAAAAACAGCUUUAGGGAACAUUUGUAAUAAAUAUAUUAGAUUUUGCACAAUAGAAACACGUGCAAAAGGAGAUGGCGUCUUUUGCACACCAUUCUAACUUGUGCAUACUUGAUUCCAGUUUUCCACACUAGCAAAGGGAUGCUGCACCAAGAUAAAAAAGGGAAAAUAAUUUGCACUUCAGAUAAGCUGUUGAGUACACAGCUUAGCAUCUAAUUAGCUAAAUGCACACUGCACAAUAUAUGGUAACUUUUGCACACUAGAUUGCAUCUAAUUAGUAGAAAAUAUGAUUUUCUUAUAGGACCGGGUAUGUAUUGUGCUCUUAUAAUUCUAAUUUGAAGAUGAUGUGUAAUUGUGAGGACCAGCAAAUGCCGUGUGAACAUAAUCUAAUUUGAUACUAACUUGUGAACACUGGAUACUAUUGAGUCACACAUUUAUUCAUGUGUCCCGUUAGGGGCUCCAUGUUAAGAUUAAAGUUUUUCUUGUGAAUUUCUAUCAAUCAACACUCCAACUACGGAGGAAGGAGAAUGAAUGUGUGAAACAGACAUGUUAAUGAGAAAUGAGAGUUAUCCUAUAACUUCAACUCAACAAACCAAACUGCUCCCUGCUGAAGCACUUUCUCACUUUAUGGGUUUAAUCCGAAACAGGAAGUCUUUGUGUUUAUUAUCAUUGUAGAAAUAAAGCUUCGUUCUCUGUUAGUCAUGAACAGAUGAACGGAUCAGAACCCCACAGGUGACCUUGUUCUAGCAGAAAUCUUCCCACCAGUUUUGCUCCACAUACACUUUCAGGAAGCUUUCUGUUUGGUUUGAUUUGUGUCAUGUUGUUGAAGCAUGUCUUUCAAAAACUGCAACAUGAUAAAAAGAAGAUGAGAGAGAAGUGAAGAUGGAUACCUUUUGUGAUUAACGUUUGUUACUUUCUAGGUGAAAUGGUUUAUUUCAGAAUAUAUACUUUUCAAAUGAAUUGUAUAUUAAAAAUAAACAGCUUUCAGACAUUGA